GAGAAUUUGCUGAUCUGUUUGACCUGCCUCUGAAUCUUUUAUUGCCAUUCAAUCUUGUAAACUCUUCUUGAAAAGACUACUCUUUUUACCCAAGUCAGCGUGCAACUGGAGACGCCGCUUGUGCUGCCCGCGGAGGACCGGGAAGCAGGUCACCAACGAUUUGAGAAUUUAUCUGAUUGCAAUCAUACUCAAUUUUGACUGAUGGGUCAGAAAUGAAGGGAAGUGGCUGAUGGCUUUUUCUCAAUUGAGUGAAACGUCAAUGAAAGGUGUUUCAAAGUUAUUCAGAACUUCCAAGAAGGGGACAAAACCAUCACCAUCUUCGCCUCUUCCUGAGGGAUUAUGCCGUCAAUUUUCACUGGCUGAGAUGAAGAUUGCUACCAAUAACUUCAAUGAUAAAUUACUACUUGGUGAGGGGGAUUUUGACAGUGUAUAUAAGGGGUUUAUUGAUGACUGUACCAGAAUCGUAAAGCGCUUGAAACUCGAGGACUUAAGGAACGAGGUGGUGUUCGUUGGCCAGCUACACCACCCUAACCUCAUCUCUCUCAUCGGAUAUUGUAUUGAUGAAGGCGUGAAUAUCCUAGUCUACGAGUUCUUGGUCCAUGGAAACCUCUUCAGUAACCUCCACGAUCGCCUCUCGUGGAAACAAAGACUAAAGAUUUGCGUUGGAGUGGCGCGUGGACUGCACUACCUUCACACUGGGGCCAAGAAAACUAUUAUCCACGGUGACGUGAAGGCGGCCAACAUUCUGCUGGACAAGAAUUGGGAGGCCAAGUUGUCAGAUUUCAGGUUGUCCAACAUGCUUCCCCCGGGUUUCAAAUUCGUGGAAAUCAAACGGGAUUCGGAAACUACUCUGAGAUACAUGGAUCCCGAAUGUUUCAUUACGAAUAGGCUGACCGAUAAAACCGACGUGUGGUACUGUUGGAAGUACUCUGUGGGAGAGAAGCAAUGGACUUCAAAUUGAUGGAAAAACGGCAGGGUCUGGUUAAGUGGGCCCAAAAAUGCAAGCGAGAAGGGACCAUCAAUGAAAUAAUUGAUCCGUAUCUGAUGGGGAAGAUAGCUCCAGAGUGUCUCAAGAUUUACGUCGACAUUGCCAUUUCUUGUGUGCGAAAUAAGGGAGAGGCUCGUCCCACCAUGGGUGAAGUGGAGUUAAUCCUUGAACAUGCACUUGAACUACAACAGAGUGCAGAUGCUGCAAUGAAGGAUGAAGAUCCUACUGGUGACGUCUGUAUCUAUCCCAUCUUAUUUUCAUAAUUACUAGAUUUAUACGAUAAAAGAUCAUAUUUAUAUUGUUUUUGAUUUGGUAAUGGUUCUAUUUCGUUGAAACCUCUAGUUCUUCGCUGCCUGAGCUUGAGGAAUUUAUUUUGGAUUCAAAUAGCUUGAGGGA